GUCCCGCUUUAGAGCCACAUGUCCUGUGUCAACACAUCACAAGUGGCAUUUGGUUUACGCCGUAGAGUAUUUAUAUUUUCAUAGUGUUAACAUGUUUUUUCAAGGAUAUGUGUUGUUGGCUGUCGUAUAUGUGACCACCGGAUCGGUUAUUCCCGAUUGCAUACGAGUGCAUGGUGGGCAGUAUGACGGGGAGAGGACAAUCAGCUCAAACGGGGAAAAGUGCCUCAACUGGCUCAAUGUUACUAAUGCCGCUGAUUACACCACCAACAAUACAGAGCUCUGGGACCAUAGUUUCUGCCGAAAUCCAGACGCCUCAGCAAGACCUUGGUGCUUUGUGUUGGUUGGAGGCGAUACUAUUCAAAAACAAGACUGUGACAUUGACUUAUGCCAAGACCAGUCUGCCUCCGCUACGGCAAAGACGAAUGUGGACCCACCUUCAUCCUCCGGCGAGGGGCAGGUUGGUCGGCCGGAUGCCAGCCCGUCCCAACGGGAGAGCGUUGCAGCGAAACCUGACCCGGGAAUUAGCCGAAGGGUUCGCGUCGGGCCUAAGAAGAAAAAGGACCUGGGUCCUCUAGGAUAUGUUCUUGGUGGCAUGAUGAUGCUCAUCAUCAUCAUGCUUGGAACGGGAAUAAUUCUGGGCUAUUUCUACAAGAAGGGACAAAAACUGAAACAGCAGCAGGAGCAGAGAGCCUACGAGCAGGAGAUGCACCGCAUCAACCUCCCGCUCUCCGCCUUUUCCAACCUCGCCUGCCAGCUCGACGAUGACGCCUGCUCGCCCAUCAACCACCAAGAGAAGCUUCUAGAAAAGGAGAAAGAGCAGGAGAGGAUGGAGGAGGAAGAGGACCCGGAAGGGGGACAGAGGAAGAAGUCGGUAGAGGCGGUGGUGCAAAUGGGGGUAGGAGAGGGAGUCUCUAAUGGUCUCGACGAGACCGACGCCUCUGGCGCCUGACUGGUGUGUGCGAGCCAUGACCUCUUGACCUUUUCCUCUGGAAUGGAAAGGGGUGUACUCAGAAGCAGCGCUUCCCUUUGUGGCUCUUCCCUGGAGAUGUUAGGAAUGUGGAGCAACCUACCUGUUUGUGCCGCUGUUUUUGCUGUCUAUACAAACACUGACCAGAUUGGACCGACGUGUUCUAUUUCAGGACUGAUGAUUAAGUGAUAACACUGAAGAGAGUUAAGAAGGUUUUGGGAGCUGGGGACCAAGUAAUAGGUGGCAAUCAGCAAAUCUGCAAAAAGAUCGACUCAGAAACAUUGAAGAGAGAUGACUAGUUCUACCAAAGAUUUACAGAAGUAUCACAGCACUGGAUUUAAAUACCGGUACAUACAUAUGCAGUUGUUUUUUAUUGUUCUGCUUUUUUGAGAAGGGAUUCCCAAAAGCAACCAUAAUAUCAUUGACUUUAUUUUGCAAUGUAGCUUUUCCUUCAAAUGCAAGAAAUGUACUUGCACUUGUUGAUUUUCUUAGUUUAACAACUGGGAGUUGUGAUUCAUUGUAGUCACAAACAUGUCACAUUUUUUUGUCAUUGUUCAAAUAGCUCUCACUGCCCAAACCAAGCCUUCCUUUAUCCUCUGGUUAAACGAGGGAAGGCCUUCAAAACAUGAACAACACUCCAGGCGAGCAGUUGAGAUGGACACUAUUUGUUUCAGCACCUUAAGCAGCAAUAGCUAGUUGUGUUGCAAAGUGUUAUGCCAUUAUCUGCAUCCAUCUUAGCAGAAUUGUUCUGCACAUGUAAAACAAGCAUGAAAUGCAUUGUAGAUAUAAAACAUUCUUUGAA